AUGUCUGCUAGCUUUGCCCGCAGUUCUCUUCCACCAAGGUCCACUGAAGCCACUGGAGUCACUCUGAGUAAUGGGUUCAGUUUCAGUUUCUACAAAUCUCCUAAAAAUGUGACAAGUCCCUACAGACGAGUUGAACCUUUGCCAGUGCAAAGUCCAAGAGUUCAAAAGUCACGUAAAGAUGGUAUAAACAAAGGAGUUGGACACAAGAUAAAGAAGCCUAAAAUGAAAGCAAAAGCAAAAGAACAGAAAAAGAGAGAUGUAAAGACAGUUGCAAAGAGGUUGAAGGAGGGAAAAUUCACACCAAGGCUCCCCUCAGACCGCAGCCCAGUGAAAACUCCUAUCCCCCUAGAAAAGAAGAAACGUCAUGUGCUCUCGUCCCCUGGCAUGUCUUUCCUGGAAGAUGAGGAUGCUGGUUUCAAUCUCAUGGAGCCAAGUAGCAGCAAGAAGUUUUUCACCAGCCGAUCUAGAGCUGCAGCCACGGUGCAGCUAGGCAAAAACAUUAAGUUGUCUGCCAAAAAUGGUGAUAUCACCUUGAAACAGCGUGUUGGAACAUUUGAGAAGAAAAAUGUUGGGCGCAUUGUUGAAGAUGAACUAAAUCAGUUUAUUGGUCAGUCUGAGACUCAGAGUCUGGAUCAAGUGGCAUUGCUACCAUCAGUACAGUCCACCAGUAGGCCAGUCCCAACCAGAGUUCCCAGCACACCUUCCCCCAAAAAGAGAGUAAGCCCCCGAAAAAGAGCCAGAACUCCAUCUCCAAGAAAACGCACAGAGAAGAAUGGCUCGCAGACAGAUUUGAAUGUGUCUACAAAUUCAGAAUUGCAGGACAUGGAGUCGAUCCUCCGGGAGUGGGAUGAAAAUCAGGAAAAUUCAGAGCGGGAACAGAUUGUUACUCGACGCUCUCCACGGAAGAAUACAGUUGUUGAUGAUAAAGAAAACAAGGUCAACACCCCUCGUCGUUCACCAAGAAAAGCAGCAGAUGGAUUCCCAGAAGACAACAUGAAUGGUACACCAAGAAGAUCUCCAAGGAAGCCAAUUUCUGGCAGCACCCCACAGGGAUCACCAAGCAGAGCACUGAAAAGGUCACCCAGUAAAAGCAGCCCACAGAAAGGGAAAUUCUUUUCAAUAUUUGAUCCCAAGCGUCGGCUCUCUGACAAGGUCUCUGUAGCAGAUAAAACUGUAAACAAAACUGUUGGGAAGAAGGUCCCACUGAGAAAAAGUGAUGGAUCCCAAAUGAUGAUUGAUGCAGGACAAAAGGAGUUUGGGGCCAAGCAGUGCAAUGUCUGUGGCAUUAUAUAUGAGAUUGGCAAUCCUGAAGAUGAAGCUUCUCAUGAGGAGCAUCAUAAUAGCUUUCUCAACACGCUCUUAAGAUAUUUAGUGAUUGUUAUUAUUAUUAUUACUAUUUCUGUUAUUAAUGAUUCCCAUCCAAAUAAUUGCUGCAACUGUUUUCAUAAUUUUCAGGGAUGGAAGAAGGAAAGGCUAGUAAGGGACUUGGAUCAUCAUGGAGGAAGGGUCAUUAUGGUUUCACCUACAGACCCUCAGCAUUGCUGGCGUAAAGUGGAGGAGAUAAGAGAGAUAGUUGACCAAGAGCUGGGCUUUGCUGAAAAUGGGAUCCGUGUGAAAGAAAACACAAAGGUCUUCUUUUAUGUUCUUGAGAAGAAAAUUGUUGGCUGUCUUAUUGCUGAGACCAUAAGGGAAGCACACAAGGUGAUCCCACAGAGAUCACCUAUAAGAGGGGGAGGCCAGUUAGUGUGCUGCUCUGAAAAACGGUACAAAGUAUGGGCUGGAAUUAGCAGGAUUUGGGUAUUAGCUUCAGAAAGAGGGAAGGGCAUUGCCUCAACAUUGGUUGAUGCAAUGAGAAGUAACUUUCUCACCAGCCAUUUCCUGACUCUAGAUGAAUUUGCUUUUUCUGAUCCCACCGAGAGCGGAAUGGGCUUUGCUGAGAAAUACACUCAGAGAAGAGAUUUCCUCGUUUAUCGUCGUUAGUGUUAAUGUGAACAUUUUUUAGUUUAUUUGAAAUGAUAGAUAUAUGCUUGUGUUAUAUUUAUACCAAAAAUAUUUUGAGAUAGAUAUUUUUAUUUAAAUCAUACUGUACUGUUUUUCCUCAGUACUUUCUGCAGUGCAAGGAAAUUAAAAAUGUUUUAUUUUUUAUUACAUUUGUCUAUGCAUAUACAAAGUGUAUUUUAAGUUUGUAGGGUAGCUGUAAAAAUUAUAUUAAUAAAAUGCUAAGUAAGCAUUUAUCCAGCUCUCAGACUUGGCUAAUAUUUUAAAAAUAACCCAGGAUUUGAGUUUCAAGAACAAUUUUUAUUAAUUUUUAAGGUGUAAUUAUUGAUUAAAAAUACUAUACUUUA